AGCAAUGCCUGCACACAGUGUAUAGCGGUUGUCAUGGAAACAAAGAUCCCCGUUCACCUGUCCCUGAUGUCGCGCUCCCUCCAUCCUGGCUCCUAUGUGUAAUGUGCAGGGAGAUCCCUCCGCCGCGUGUAGAUGACAGGGUGACAUUACUGAUUAGAGAUGUACAGUGCAGGGAGGCAGCAGUGACGCCAGCGGUGGUAGUGUCAGGGUUAAGUCCCGGGACAGAUGUUCCCCUCCUCCUCCUCCCAGGAGUAGAUGGCACACUGCCUGCAUGUCAGCACAGCCUGUGCGCUCCGCAUGCGCGCUGCCCGCACUGCAGACUGAAGGGAGCAGCAGCACCGGCGUUGUGUCUCCUGCCCGGGGCAGUGUGGUCUGCACCCCCUGCCCGCACCUCCAUGGCUCCGUCAGAUUCAGACAAGUUAUGUCACCUACUUGAAGGGGAAGAAGGUGAUCUUAUAUACACAAUGUGAUUUCCAUGACGCUGCAGGAGUCCCAGAUCAGUUGCCCUUUGAUGUUCCGUACAGCUGACCCUUACAGAAAAAAAUGCCAUUGGUCAAGAGAAAUAUUGAACCGCGGCAUUUAUGCCGUGGGACUGUGCCAGAUGGAGUCACCAGUGAGUUGGAGUGUGUUACCAACAGUACCCUGGCUGCCAUCAUCAAACAGCUGGGUAGCCUAAGCCGACAUGCAGAGGACAUCUUUGGAGAGCUGUUUAAUGAAGCUAACAGUUUCUACAUGCGGAUGAACUCUCUGCAGGAAAGAGUGGACUUGCUUGUCGUCAAAGUCACUCAGUUAGACUCCACGGUGGAAGAAGUGUCGUUGCAGGACAUAAAUAUGAGGAAAGCAUUUAAAAGCUCCACAGUACAGAAUCAGCAGGUGGUGUCUCGGAAUUCCAUACCAAAUCCAGUUAUGGAGAUGUACCAACGUGGUGACAAGCCUCCACCGCUUAACAUCCUGACCCCAUACAGGGAUGACAAGAAAGAUGGUCUUCGAUUCUACACAGAUCCCUCAUAUUUCUUUAAUUUAUGGAAGGAAAAGAUGUUGCAAGCUACUGAAGACAAGAGGAAGGAGAAGAGGAGACAGAAAGAGCAGAGGCAAGUGGAAGAUCCCACCCGGGAAGUGAAGAAGGUUCGGAAAGCUCGGAACAGAAGGCUAGAAUGGAACAUGAUGGCAUAUGAUAAGGAGCUCAGGCCAGAUAACAGGUUCUCACCAUCUCCAUAUCAUGUGACUUCAUCCGAGGGAUCACUGUCCCCUGAUAAUAGGUCGUAUGCUUCAGAUCUUGAUCAUUCGUAUCCUGCCAGCCCGAAUCACCCUACUCAGCAUAUCCUGGCUGCUGUCCCUCACAUGACCGCAGAGAACAAAGAGAUCAUACUAAUGGCCAGUCAAGCGCAAGAGCAUGGCUACCGCUCGUCUGCUCCGGGUAGCCGACAGAACAGUCUGAACAGAGCCCAGCAGGCUCAUGCACCACAGCCACCAGAGGCCAUUCUCAAUGGCCCACGUCCUCAGGUCCUUAAGGAUUAUGGUGCUCAGCAAGGUUCAAUGACUGAAUAUUUUGUGCCUCCUGCCCCUCCACCACCACCUCCUGUAAUUCCUUCUGCACAAACAGCAUUUGACAGCCCGAUUUCAGCUCCUACUCCUGUAGCUCCUAAUGUAGCUUCCACCAUGUCUUCAUAUAUCCCUGCCCCACCGCCAGCUCCCCCCUGCCCAUACUCUGGCUCUCCUCCUCAAACUGGUUCUUUAGGACCACCCAUAGCGCCUCCACCCCCGCCUCCAGGCCCCCUGACUAUUACAGCCUCACCUGCUCAUUCAGCUUCCCCUUCUACUCUCACUGUGGAACCAAGGAAACCUCAGAUUCCACUCAUUCCUAUGAGUGAUGCUAGGAGUGACCUUUUGGCUGCAAUCCGCAGAGGUAUCCAACUUCGGAAAGUUCAAGAGCAGAGAGAACAAGAGGCGAAGAAGGAGCCAGUUGGGAAUGAUGUGGCUACAAUCUUGUCCCGCAGGAUUGCUGUGGAAUACAGUGAGUCUGAUGACGACUCGGAAUUGGAGGAGAAUGAAUGGUCUGAUUAAGGGAAUGGAGUCUCCAUGUUUCUUAUAUUGUUAAUGCCGACUUUCACAAUAUUUCUCCAAUGGACACAAAAACACAUUAUAUACUGUAACUUACUGGUGCAGCUACCAAUAUCAUUGCACUCCGUUUCUUGAUAUUUGUGUAUAUUUUACAUAUUUUACAUGGCUGAAAAUGCUCACUUCUUUAAAUGAGUCAGAUUUAUUAUUAUAUGUAAGAAUAGCCACCAUGCUGUGUUCUGUUGUUGUUACUAUGUGCCAUAGUAAUAAAUUACAGUAUACAGAAACAUGUUGCGUUCAGUCAAGGGAUACUCGAGCUGCACUAUUUUGUCCUAUUUAACAUAUUAUGUUGCUGUAUGUGGUAAUAUGAGAAACAAGCAAUGGCGCCAUGUUAUAUUAAAAGCACAACACUGCAUGCCGUAAUAUAGUAUCUGACAGGACUAAUGUAGCUAAAGGGUUUAUGGCUCACAAAGAAUGCUACAGACAUGAAAUCGCUGGUCAAUAGCAUCGCUUUACAUAAAGUGCCAACACAAUCGUAGUCACUCUUAUCAACCAACCCUCUACCCUCUCUUUAAAUUUUACUAUAACAAAUACCCUGAUGCUUCAUUCUGCAUUCCCCCUUUAUUGAGAAUAUAAUUGGCAGUACUAUAUACAUUUUUGAUAUAUUUUAAUAAUACCUACAAUUGCUUCUUCAUGUUUAUUGUCAAUAUGAUUUCCCAGUGCAAACUACUCUCUCAGUGCAAACUAUCCUUUAAUGGGUACUCCGGUGGAAAAACAUUUUUUUUUUUCAAAUCAACUGGUGCCAGAAAGUUAAUUGUAAAUGACUUCUAUUAAAAAAUAGAUUUGUAAAUGACUUCUAUUAAAAACACUUAAUCCUUCUAGUACUUAUCAGCUGUAUAUGCUCCACAGGAAGUUCUUUUCUUUUUGCAUUUCUUUUCAGUUUGACCGCAGUGCUCUCUGCUGACACCGCUGUCCAUGUCAGAAACUGUCCAGAGCAGUAGCAAAUCCCUAUAGCUAACCUAUUUUGCUCUGGACAGUUCCUGACAUGGUCAGAGGUGUCAGCAGAGAGCAUUGUGGUCAGACAGAAAAGAA